AUGUCGGCGCUAUUCAGUCUCCAGGGGCUGCUCACCGUCAUCUUGCUCUUCAUCUGUACCUGCACCUACAUCAAGAUGAAGUUCCCCACACUCUUCGACCGUGGUCAACUUCCUGGAAAACACGAGGGUCUUGGCGGCCUGUGCUGGAAGGCCUCUCGCAUCGGAGAGCGUAAGAGUCAAUACGUGGCUGGCGCUCUUGUCGUCAUGGCUGUGCAUACGCUCUUCUUCUCGUAG